AUGGAGUAUAAAGAAACUAUAAAUAACAAGAAUGACAUAUUCACUCAAGUAAGUGACAUAGAUUUGGAUUUUUUGCCAGACGUAUCCAUAACUCCCGAAAUAGACCAAAAUGAUUUUUCAGUAUCCUCAAUAAUACUAUUUGACGCAAAAGAUAGUGAAAAUGAUGAUACAAUCACCAUCAUAAAGCUGCAGCAAGAAAUCGCUGACUUAAAAUUUGAGCUGGAGGAGCAAGAAAAAAUGUUCCAAUUGCAGAACCUCCAAAUUAACUUUUUAAAAAAUGAAGUGAAAAAAAAUGAAAGGGAGGAAUCUGCACAUAAUAAAAUCCUAGAGGAUAAUGAAGCUAUACAAAUGCUUGUGAAAUUGAUUACAAUGACACCGAAGCUCAGUUCUGAAGGGGAAGAAAUUAUUUCAAAGAUAUUGAAAAUUAUCAAUAUUUCUGACUUUGAUUUAAUUAAAAUAUUAAAAUUCAGAAAGACAAAGCAUCAAAGAUCGAAAACCAGUUUAUUUUGCAGAUUCGCUUAG